ACCUCACCUGUUCUAAUCAUUCAGGUGGGGUUUUAAUGGUUUCUGGUUCUGCUGCAGUCUAACCAUUCAGGUUUAACUCCUUUCAGCCCACAUUCAAUUUUUUUUACUUAGUCCCGCCCAUCAUACUUUUAAAAACACACCUGAGGAGAUCUCACAGAUGCGAAGGACAGGCUACAAUGGAUUACACAGAACAGGUCGCUGAGAUUGAAGCCUCCGCCCACUUUGGAGACCUGAUUGAAUUCAGCUAUCCUAUUGGCUACUCUCACUGGGGUGUCUACGAUGGGGAUGGAUACGUCAUACAUUUUGCAGUUGCAGACGAGACCCAGGUGAUGAACACUUUCCGAGGCUACCUCCAAACCGUGUUCCCGGUCUGCGGGGAUCUACUCAUCGGGGAGACCAAAAUCCGCCGGGUGCCUGUCAAAGAAGUCACCGUCCCAAAGGGGGCGCACAUCUUAGUGUGCAACAACCGGCACGCUCUAAAACCAUCCACCCCAGAGGAGAUGAGGAUCCGCCGAGACGCGCUGCUGGAUAAAGAGCUCAAUUAUAAACUCUUCUCGCUGAACUGCGAACACUUUGCUACAUUCGUGCGAUACGGGAAAGCAGUGUGUAACCAGAUCCCAGGAAAGACCAAAAAUAAGGAGUGUGAGGAGGCCACCAAAGUAUUUGCGGAGAUUGUGACUAACUAUUACUCGUGAUUUGAUUAUGUAACAAAAACAGUGCAAACACAUGUUUAAUUGUAAUAUAAAUAAAUAAAUAUUAAAUUUCUUAAA